GAGGGUGGAAGAGCUGUCCAAGCGGCCGCUGUUCUUUUCUCUGGGUGCAAAGAACACGCUUUUCCCGAACUGUCAGAAUCUCCGCCCACGGGCAACCCGCGCAGGAGGACAAAAGCUUCGCCCCGGUCGCCCCUUCCUCAGCGGGAGCCUUUGCGGGAACCGGGAGGCUGCGGAGCGCUGGUGCACCCCUCUGCAACCAUGGACGCGCCUCGGAUGGGGAACCUCUAUCUGGAAGACCCCUUCCUCCAGGGUUACCUGAGAGCCCAUCUGCCCGCCCAGGUGUUUGCCAAAGUGAACAUUGAUCUGGAACGGUUUGGAGCUCGUGUGAGAGAUGAAAUUGGCUUCUUGGGCCGUGAGUGUGAGCUAAACCCUCCUAGAUUAUUGCAUUUUGAUGCCUGGGGGCAACGUGUGGACCAAGUGACCACCUGCCCAGCCUGGAAGAGGCUGAAGGAUAUCUCUGCUGAGGAGAGCCUUGUGGCUGAAGGUUAUACAAGGAGAU